CCCGACGUCGGGGCGAAUCGAUCGCGAUCUCGGCCCGCCGGCGUGCGUGUCGUACCCUCGUCGUACGCAAGCGAGCAAGACGACGGAAAAACGUACGUCAGAGAAUGGCAGGAUAACGCGCGCGGUUUCCCGAAUCGGACGGGACAAUUCCCAGCGCCUGCGUAACGUGGAGCACGCGUACGAAGUAUAUAGGAGAGCGAUUGCCGCUCGAGGCGUCACAUUGCGUCCUCGAGCACGUCCUUCGUCUUUCCACGUACAUCAGGACACGUCCAUCGUCCAUCACAGCUAUCCUUAGCCAGAUCGUCGCGUUUGCCUGCUCUCGUAGCGAUUCGCUCUGCGGUGUCGCCGCGCGCUGUCUCUCCUUCUUUCGACCGGCGGCGCUCGCCUCGAAGAUAACAGGCCGAAAAACAAAACUGAAGAGUAUCGUUGGUCGGUGUGCACACUUCGAAUCGUACCUCGAGCGAGAUCCAGAGGAGAUCCUCGUGGAGAUCCUCUCUGCGGAACGGGAUCACGCUGUAACGUCGGAUCACGACUCGGCGCACGUCUCUUUUGGCGAGGCAUCUCGGGGCUCAGAUGGGCAACGGGGUGAUCCCAUUGAUGGUGGUGGCGAUGGUGCCGAUAAUCGCCGGCACUCUCGGCCAGCGUGCUCUCAGCAAGAGGAACGCGCCGACGAAUCUCGACUAUCCCGACUAUCCGGCCAAAUACGACGAGUAUCCGGUAGUUGUGCCAAAGAGAGCGGCUCUUUUGUUCGAUCAGUUGAUGGUCGCGUUGCAAAAAGUGGUGGACAACCAAGGCAGGGGAGAACUCGGCGGUGGGAGCAGGACGAGAUCGUCGGGAUCUCACUUGCCUUCCGGGAACUCUCAAGUCAUUCCAUCGGCUGACGAGCACACGAUGGAUCUUCAACGACGCGGACAGGCGAAAGGCCGGGUUUACUGGCGCUGUUACUUCAACGCCGUGACGUGCUUCAAGAGAAAGUGAUAACGAGCCGAACCAGUGACCAGUCUGCACCGCGAUAUUGAAACCCGACUCGACCACGAGAUUCCUCGCAUGCUUAUUCCCGGUCAAAAGAGAAACAAAUAAAUCACAAAACUCAGGACGAAAUUAGACCCCAGACAAGUCCAAAGAUGAUCCUGUGUCUUUUCCCGUGAGUCGGUUAUUGUUACCCCCCCCCCCCCCCAUUUACCGAACUAUCGAACCUAUCCAUCUGCCUCCUUAACGCUGUUUUCUUUCUCCUUCGCCUAUUAAACACUGUAUCAAAUGUGUAUCUUUCUGGUUUAUAAAGCGACCGGCACAUAAAAGUAUCGAUUAAACGUAUUUACUUAAAACGCAUCAAA